GCCCCAGUAAUUCAGCUUCGUUGACCCCCCCCAGGUACUGAACAAGGCCAGGUAUGGUCCGAUGUGGGUGUCCUACCUGGGGCCCCAGUUGUUUGUGAACCUGGCCAGCGCCCCGCUCGUGGAGAUGGUGAUGCGGCAAGAGGGCAAGUACCCGGUCCGGAAUGACAUGCAGCUGUGGAAGGAGCACCGCGACCACCAGGACCUGGCCUACGGGGUCUUCACCACGGAGGGGCACGACUGGUACCAGCUGCGCCACGCUCUGAACCAGCGCUUGCUGAAGCCAGCAGACGCUGCACUCUACACUGAUGUUCUCAAUGAAGUGAUUGACAGCUUUGUGGUUCGACUGGACCAGCUGCGAGCAGAGAGCGCCUUGGGGGACCAGGUGCCCGACAUGGCUGACUUGCUCUACCACUUUGCUCUAGAAGCCAUUUGCUACAUCCUGUUCGAGAAACGUAUCGGUUGCCUGGAAGCAUCCAUCCCCAAGGACACGGAGAACUUCAUCAGAUCUGUAGGGCUCAUGUUCCAGAACUCAGUCUACGUCACCUUCCUCCCCAAGUGGACCCGCCCCCUGCUGCCCUUCUGGAAGCGCUACCUGGACGCCUGGGACACCAUCUUCUCCUUUGGAAAAAAGCUGAUUGAUCAGAAACUUAAGGAGGUCGCGGCCCAGCUCCAGUCAGCGGGGCCAGAAGGGGUCCGGGUAUCCGGCUACCUGCAUUCCCUGCUGACCAACGGACAGCUGAGUCCCCGAGAGGCCCUGGGCAGCCUGCCUGAGCUCCUGCUGGCCGGAGUGGACACGACGUCCAACACGCUCACGUGGGCCCUAUACCACCUUUCAAAGAACCCAGAGAUCCAGGCGGCCUUGCGCAAGGAGGUGGUGGGUGUGGUGGCGGCUGGGCAGGUGCCGCAGCACAAGGACUUUGCCCACAUGCCCCUGCUCAAAGCAGUGCUGAAGGAGACCCUGCGUCUGUACCCAGUGAUCCCUGCAAACUCCCGCAUCAUCGUGGACAAGGAGAUCGAAGUCGGUGGCUUCCUCUUCCCCAAGAAUACCCAGUUCGUGUUCUGCCAUUACGCGACGUCCCGGGACCCCAGCACCUUCUCUGAGCCUGACACCUUCUGGCCCUACCGCUGGCUGAGGAGAGGCCAGUCCGAGACCUCCAAGACCCAGCACCCAUUUGGCUCUGUGCCCUUUGGCUACGGGGUCCGGGCCUGCCUGGGCCGCAGGAUAGCGGAACUAGAGAUGCAGCUGCUGCUGGCCAGGCUGAUCCAGCGGUAUGAGCUGAUGCUGGCGCCCGAGACGGGGGAGGUGCAGAGCGUGGCCCGCAUCGUCCUCGUUCCCAAUAAGAAGGUGGGCCUGCGCUUCCUGCCCACGCAGCGCUGAGCCGGGCCCUGCCCUCAGGGGCUUGUCCCAGCCCCUGGCACUGUGGCUCCUGGCCACUGCCGUGCCUCAGGUGAGGAGGGAGAGAAGGGGCCGGAAGAUCCCAGCGCCCCUUCUCACAGAACCCCGAGCUUUGGCCACUUGGAUCCUUUGCAGCAGCUCCCACUCAGAUGCAAGGCCCCUCCCUCAGUGCAUUGCUGUCCUGGGCACCGAAUGGAAUAAAGGACUUUUGUUAACUCCCGA